CAAAACAUUCUUGCGAUCGGCUUCUACGUUCUACCCUCGCCCUCAUAAUUGGGGCUCAAAGCCUGAAAUUUGAGACCGAAGUGCUAAUUCCAGAAAUCUUCCAACAUCUCUGCGAAGGAUGGCUGCCAAUUUCUGGACUUCCUCGCACUACAAGCAGCUCCUGGACCAGGAAGAGGUGGAUGUGGUGAACCCACUUGACAAAGAAAGGGGUCUGAACCUUGAAGAUUGCAAGAUCAUCAAGAUGAGCAUGGCCAAUUAUAUAGGGAAAUUAGCUCAACAUGUCAAAGUGAGGCAAAGGGUUGUGGCUACUGCUGUUACGUAUAUGAGACGGGUUUACACCAGAAAGGGUAUGACAGAGUAUGAUCCGCGGCUCGUGGCUCCAACCUGCUUGUACUUGGCAUCAAAAGCGGAAGAAAGCACAGUACAAGCCAGGCUUCUGGUAUUUUACAUUAAAAAAUUAUAUAUUGAUGAAAAGUAUAGGUAUGAGAUCAAAGAUAUACUUGAAAUGGAGAUGAAGAUUUUAGAAGCUCUUAAUUAUUAUUUGGUUGUGUUCCAUCCUUAUCGUGCUUUAUCUCAGUUGCUGCAGGAUGCUGGAAUAAAUGAUAUAAAUAUGACUCAGUUAACUUGGGGUAUAGUGAACGAUACAUACAAGAUGGAUCUUAUUCUCAUACACCCUCCUCACCUAAUUGCUUUGGCUUGCAUAUACAUCGCUAGUGUGUAUAGAGACAAAGAUACUACCACAUGGUUUGAAGAACUUCGUGUUGACAUGAAUGUGGUGAAAAAUAUCUCAAUGGAGAUCUUAGAUUUCUAUGAAAGCCAACGGUUUAAAGAAGAUAGAAUCAAUUCUGCUUUCAGCAAACUUCCUUCAAAGGCCUAAAUCUUGUGGGGUUGCGCAUUUACUGGGAAAGGUUCAUUCAACUCUUUUUCCUCAAAAGUUGUUUGGCUACCUUCUUCUAGGAUGCUUGUCUCUCUGUGGGUCAUCUGUGGCAAAAUGGAUCUUUACUUAAGGUAUCUUAUGUUGUUCACAUGAUGUGGUUACUUGUCUGCUACAUGGAGCAGUAAAUAUAUCAUGGCAUGUACUGUUGUUAAACUAUGAAUCCACACUUCAAAACAUACUCUUGUGUAGGAGAGCUGUCAUCCCUACUAAGCUGAUUUUCUCGAUGAAGACUUUGCGUUACGAUGUUGAUAUAAAUUUGUUAAGGUACUGGAGAGUUGUAGGGGAUUUACUUCAAACACACCCGUGUAUGUAUACAUAAUAUUUAGGAACUCA